AACCCUCAGAUCAUGUAUCUGGAGCAAGAGUUAGAAAGUCUGAAAGCUGUGUUGGAGAUCAAGAAUGAGAGGCUGUGCCAACGGGACGUCAAGUGAGUGAAGAUGGAGAAACUGGUGGACGAUAACACAGCACUGGUGGACAGACUGAAGCAAUUCCAGCAGGAGCAUGAAGAAUUUACAGCUCAGAUGGACAAGCACGUGGCAGUUUCCAGGCAACUUUCCACGGAGCAGGCGGUCCUGCAGGAGUCGCUGGAGAAGGAGUGCAAGGGCAACAAGCGCCUCUCCCUGGAGAAGGAGGAGCUGCUCUGGAAGCUCCAUAACGGGACCCUGUGCAGCCCCAAGAGGUCCCCCACAUCCCCCUCCAUCCCCUUCCAGUCACCUUGGAACUCAGGCUCCUUCCCCAGCCCCAGCUUGUCUCACUCAGAUGACCUUCCUGGGAGCCAGAGACAGACUGACAGAGUCUCUGCAGGACUGACCCUUCCUGCACCUGCGCACCACCUGCCUUGA